AUGGCGGUGGCUGUGCUCAUGCGCACGGUGCUGAUUUCUGCUAACGUGGAAGUCCAGUGUGCAGGUGUCUCAGAGGAUAAUACCCGUUUAUCCACAACCUGUCAAGGAUACGUUUUACCAGAAGGAAAAAUCAUGCCAAACACAGUCUUCGUUGGUGGAAUUGAUACAAGGAUGAAUGAAGCAGAAAUUCGGAGUUUCUUUGAACGAUAUGGUGCUGUGAAAGAGGUGAAAAUAAUAACUGACAGAACUGGUGUUUCCAAAGGGUAUGGAUUUGUGUCUUUCCUGGACAAUGUGGAUGUUCAGAAAAUAGUAGAAUCACAAAUCAACUUCCAUGGCAAAAAGCUGAAACUGGGCCCAGCGAUCAGAAAGCAACAAAACUUGUGUUCGUACAUGCAUCCGAGACCAUUGGUCUUCAAUCCUCCUGCACCACAGUUCCAUAGUGUAUGGGGUAGUCAAAAUACAGAGACGUAUGUGCAGCCUCCAGCUGUAAUGAGCCCAGUAACACAAUAUGUCCAGACAUACCCAUAUAGUUCACCAGCUGUAUUGAUACAGCAGCAAGUUCCUGUAGGAUACCAGCCAGCCUACAGCUAUCAGGUUCAACCACAAUGGCUUGCUGGGGAGCAAAGAAAUUAUGCUAUGCCUCCGGUUUAUACUUCAGUAAGCUAUCACUGCACUGAGGAUCCAGAAUUUAUGCAGACAGAAUGUGCUGUUCCAGAGCCCAUGCAGUCAUCUACUAACAGUCCGCAAAAGAAGUCUGUGGACAGGAGCAUACAAACAGUAGUAUCCUGUCUGUUUAAUCCUGGGAACCGUCUGAGAAACACCUUUGUAUCACAAGAAGACUACUUUAAGGAGAGGAAGGCGCAUCACUUCAGAAAAGGAAGAGCAGUACUCAAAAGUGUUUGA